AUGUCAGAAGCCAUCCUCACCUUCCAGUACCAACUCAAUGGAGUCAUGGAAACGGUCCUGAAAACCGCGGUGCAUGAGAUCACUCGGCUGGUGAAGGACAGCUUCCUGGAGGAAGUGACGGGGAGCAAGCAGGAAGUUGACGUCUUGAAGGAGAGGCUGCAGCAGUUUGAGCAGAGAUGGAGGGACGGAGAGGAAGAGAGGAAGAGGAGGGAAGUUGAAGAGAAAGAGCAGAGGGGGAUGUGUAGGAGAUGUGGUUGUGCUGGAGACACUGAGGAGAGAGAAGAGGCUCUGUCAGGUGAGUGAGGAGAGAUGCACGAACACACACACACACACAUACCUGAUAUAGGAUCUAUAACUUUGCUCUGUCCUCAGCAGCAGAGGAAGGAUGGGUUAUCAAACAGGAGAUGUUCCAGCCAAGUGGACCCAGCGCUCUCCCAGAGAGAGAGGGUCCACAGGAAUUGGCCAAUCCCAGCUCUUCCUGUGUCUCUGAAAGGAUAGAAGAGAGCGAGGCCCAUGUGGUCCAUAUCAAAGAGGAGCCAGAAGACUCAGGGGACUUGGUUACCCAGAUGAUCACAUCCACAGAUUCCCCCAUAAUGAGCCUGAGUCGUCUGCAGAGAUUGAGCUCAAACGCUGGGGCAUGGGCCAGUGAGCCUCCACCUCUACUCCCAGCACCAUGGGCUAGUGAGCCUCUUCCUCCAGCACUAUGGGCCAGGGAGCCGCUACCUAUACCUCCAGCACCAUGGACCAGGAAGGAGCAGCACCUACUCUCAAGGUCAGUGAUACCCACCCAGGGGACAGAGCGUGCUGCGGGGGCACUCGAGACCAGCCCCUACGGCCUGAACAUCAACACAACGGCACAGCUGAUGGUCAAACCUUACAGCUGCCCACACUGUGGGAAGAGCUUCCCUCAGCUCCGAAACCUGAAAGACCACCAGAAGUACCACCACACAGGGAAGAAGGCCUUCACCUGCUCCCAGUGUUUUAAGGGCUUUGUGUACAUGUGCCACCUCAGGGUACACAUGCAGUGCCACAUGGGGAGAGGCCGUUCAGCUGCUCUCAGUGUGGGAAGAGCUUCAGCCUUCAGAGCAGCUUGAAGAGACACAGGAUCAUUCACACUGCAGAGAGCCCUUACCACUGCACGGACUGUGGGAACAGAUUCAAUUCUAGAGCAGACCUGAAAACACAUGAACAGAUUCAUACAGCAAGGUAGUCACUUUGUUGCUUUUUGUGCUAUUGCUCUGUCUGCGUGCUGCUUGUCCUAUGUUGCUCUGUAUGUGCUCACUGCACAUUCUUUGUCUGUAUUGUUAUUGUUUUUAAUAACCUGCCCUGGGACUGCGGUUGAAAAUUAGCCUGCUAGCUAAAACCGGACACUUUUACUGAAACAUUGAUUAAUUUGCACUGACCCUGUAAAAAUAAACUCAAACUCAAGGUAGAUAUUUGAGAUGGGUGACAGGUAGCAUAGCGGUUAAGAGCGUUGGGCCAGUAUCCGGAAGGUUGCUGGUUCUAAUCCCCAAGCCGACUUGGGUGAAAAAUAUGUCUGUGGCCUUGAGCAAGACACUUAACCCUAAUUGCUCUGGAUAAGAGUCUACUAAAAUGUAAAAAUGAGAUGGAGCGGGUUCAUUUUGAAAAUCAAAGGGGGAAAACAACUGCCCACGUGUACUAUGUUCAAUGUAUUGUUGCUGAUGAAUUUUAUGUUGAGAGGAAUAAAAGUAUUUAUGAAGAAAUUAUUCUCAUCCUUUCAUAAAUGGUUGGUCAAAAGGUGUUAUUAACUGUGACAUACACACACAGAUAUCUUAAAAGUAAAGUAGUAAUAAGUAAGUAGCCAUGUCAGAACCACAACGGCCCAUAGAGUAACAGAUAUCUUCCUCUGGAAAAUAAAUACAUUUGACAGCGAUUCCCACGUCAAAGAAAAAGAUUGAUGAGUUCUGCGCAAUCGCAGUAUUAUCACCAAGAUGUCACAGACCAAAGGGGCGGGACCCAACCGCUACAGUCUAUUGUCGUCACUAGUUACCACAGACACAAAGUAUUAAACCCCGCAUGUUUUCAAUUUCUCUUAUUAAAAUGUGAUUUUGGACCUAACUUUAACCACACCGCUAACCUUAUGCGUAACCCUACCCCUAAUCUUAAAUUAAGACCAAAAAGCAUUUUUUUAAUUUAAUGAAUUCUUGCGAUAUAGACAAUUCUGACUUUGUGGCUGUGUUACCUAGUGGAAACCCCAGUCUAGCUAGUAGCUGUUAGCUAGCUUUUUACAGUAGCUAGCUACCUGUCGCUGUUACCUCCGUGUACAGUUAUAGUAGAUAUAAAAUGUUUGUAGCUAGUUGAUUUGUUGAUGCACAACAAAAAACAACGUUUGGGGAAUUGGUAAGAAUAUUUGCUGAAAGGUCAGAAAGCUGCUACUACCCUGUGCGAUUGUAUGUAGCUAAAGUUAGCUUAGCUCGCAAGCAGGCUAGAGAAACUAAUUUGAUACGUCUAACCACAGUCAAAAAGUGGUGUAGAUAAGGGUUAGGGUUUAUUCAUUUGUUCGUUACAAGCAUGUUGCUGGGCUAAAUCAUUGGUAGGUGCGCUGGCAAUAUAUUUGAGGCACAACCAAGACCACAUUUGGUGUAUUUGACUGCUUGCCCCUGUUUCCAGGAGGAAAAUCCCUGACUCUCUGGGCACUGGUGUGAUCUGGAGGAGGCUAAAUCCCAGUCUUUCCAUUAUAGUAAACCAAACUGGGAAACAAGGGGGGCAGCUCAUCCAUAGAAGACUGGCAGUGAACUCUGGGACUGGUACUAAUAAGGGAAGGGGGGGGUGAUUCUCCAGUGUUGAGUUGAUGUUGUUGCAGCUAUGUCAGAAGCCAUCCUCACCUUCCAGUACCAGCUCAAUGGAGUCAUGGAAACGGUCCUCAAAACCGCCAUGCAUGAGAUCACUCGGCUGGUGAAGGACAGCUUCCUGGAGGAAGUGACACGGAGCAAGCAGGAAGUGAACGUCUUGAAGGAGAGGCUGCAGCAGUGUGAGCAGAGGUGGAGGGACGGAGAGGAGGAGAGGAAGAGGAGGGAAGUUGAAGAGAAAGAGCAGAGAAAGAAGAGGGAAGAGAGAGAGCAGAGGGGGAUGUGUAGGAGAUGUGGUUGUGCUGGAGACACUGAGGAGAGAGAAGAGGCUCUGUCAGGUGAGUGAGGUGAGAUGCGCACACACACACAAACAAUAUAGGAUCUAUAACUUUGUUCUGUUCCAUUCUCAGGAGCAGAGGAAGGUUGUGUUAUCAAACAGGAGAUCUUCCAGCCAGGUGGACCCAGCGAUCUCCCAGAAAGAGAGGGUCCACAGGAAACGGCCACACCCAGCUCUUCCUGUGUCUCUGAAAGGAUGGAAGAGAGGAAAGCCCAUGUGGUCCAUAUCAAAGAGGAGCCCGAUGACGGGCGGGACUUGGUUACCCAGAUGAUCACAUCCACAGAUUCCCCCAUAAUGAGCCGGAGUCAUCUGCAGAGAUUGAGCUCACAUCCUGUGGGAUGGACCAGUGAGCCUCUUGCUCCAGCACCACAACCAUGGACCAUGGAGCCUCCUCCUCCAGCACCAUUGGCCAGGGAGCCUCCAGCUCUACCUCCAGCACCAUGGUACAGGAAGGAGCAGCACCUACUCCCAAGCUCAGUGAUACGCACCCAGGGGACAGAGUAUACUGUGGGGGCCCUCGAGACCAGCCCCUACAGCCUGAGCAUCAACACAACGGCACAGCUGAGGGUCAAACCUUACAGCUGCCCACACUGUGGGAAGAGCUUCCCUCAGCUCCGAAAUCUCAAACACCACCAGAAGUACCACCACACAGGGAAGAAGGCCUUCACCUGCUCCCAGUGCGAUAAGGGUUUUGUGUACAUGUCCCACUUCAGGGUACACAUGCAGCGCCACACGGGGGACAGGCCGUUCAGCUGCUCUCAGUGCGGGAAAAGCUUCAGCCUUCAGAGUGGCUUGAAGAAACACAGGGUCAUUCACACUGCAGAGAUGCCCUACCACUGCACGGGAUGUGGGAACAGAUUCAAUUCUAGAGCGGACCUGAAAAGACAUGAACAGAUUCAUGCAGCAAGGUAGACCUUUGAGAAGAAGCAGGUUGAUUUAGAAAAUCAGAGGGGGGAAAUAACUGCCCACGUGUACUAUGUUCAAUGGAUCUAUAGUUGUUGAUGCAUUUCAUGUUGAGAGGAAUAAAACUAUUCAUGAAUAAAUUAUUCUCAUCCUUUCUUAAUAAAUGAUUGGUCACACAGUGUUAUUUAUUCGUUACAUACACACACAGAUAUCUUAAAAGUGAAAGAGUAAUAAGCAAGUAGCCUUGUCUGAGUCCGAACGGCCCAUAGAGUAACUUACUCUGGCAAAUAAAUAUAUUUGGAACUGCGCUUUAGACCGAUUCUAACAUCAAAGGAAAAUAAUGACCAGAUCUGCGCAAUCGCAUUGGCAGUAUGAUCACCUCGAUGUCACAGAUCAGUGGGGGCGGGACCCAUCCUCUACUGUCUAGUUAGGUAUUAGUUUAGCUCUAAUGGAUAAUAUGUGCUAUGAUGUACAGUAGUGUUGGGGAAACGAAGCUUCCUGAAGCAUUGAGCAUUUCCAGCUAAUUGUGUCGAAAAUAGGUAAAUUACUCGAGGCUUUGAUCAACACGUACACUCGUGGCACCUGCUGGUCAAAAUAAUUUAGAAUAGCCAAAUUAUUAUAGUUGACGUCAGGGUAGCCACAAAUAAAAUAUUUGGGAUCACUUUUUUGUCUUCCACCGAAACCAAUGGCAAAGCAAUCGGGGUUGUUCCACAAAACGAAGAUUCGGACGUCAUUGAUCACGUGCUUCUGAUAAAGCCAUACAAGCAUCCGUACACUGCUUCGAAAUAAACUGCUUAGCGAUUUGUACGCAUGCCUCGGAUUUCCGGUUUUAAACGCGACAUCACUAAUAUACAGUAGCUACCUGUCUCUUUUACCUCUUUAUAUAGUUCUAGGAGAGAUGGGUAGGAUGUUUGUAACUAGUUGAUUUGUUGACCCACAACAAAAAACAACGUUCGAAAAGUGGUAAGCAUAUUUUUAUUUGUGUCAAAUGGUCAGAAAGCUGCUACACAACCCUGUGUUAUUAGCUUAGUUAGCUAGGUGCUUUUAGAAACGCGGGUGUAUUUACACACUAGCGUUGCUUUCUAUUGUAUUGGGUUGCACAAAAACAGUCCCGUGGGAAACCAGGAAUUAAAUACAAUUCAAUUUCACCUUACUGUGCAGGUGGGCAGGACGGUUAGUCAUUAUGGCGGGGGAAUUUGAGACAUAUCUAAAGGAUCUUAUUAUUAAACAGUGUAAGUAAAUACACAUGCGUUGCUAAAAGCACCUACUAGCUAGCAAGCUUGAGAAAUGUGUUGUUUGGUUUACCUAACCACAGCCAAAAGUGGUGUAAGUAAGGGUUUAUUAAUUUGUUCGUUACAUGCACGUUUCAGGGCUAAAUCAUUGAUAGGUGAACCUUAUAUUACUGACAAGAUAAUAGAAUCACAUCAAGACCACAUUUGGUGUAUUUGACAGCUUGCCCCUGUUUCCAGGAGGAAGAUCCCUGUCUCGGCACUGGUGUGAUCUGGAGGAGGCUAAAUCAGUCUUUCCAUUAUAGUGAACCAAACUGGGAAACGAGGGGCAGCUCAUCCAUAGAAGACUGGCUGUGAACUCUGGGACUGGUACCGAUAAGGGAAGGGGGGUUGAUUUUCCAGUGUUGAGUUGAUGUCCAGUGUUUCCAGUGUUCAGCUAUGUCAGAAGCCAUCCUCACCUUCCAGUACCAACUCAAUGGAGUAAUGGAAAUGGUCCUCAAAACCGCCGUGCAUGAGAUCACUCGGCUGGUGAAGGACAGCUUCCUGGAGGAAGUGACACGGAGCAAGCAGGAAGUGGGCGUCUUUAAGGAGAGGCUGCAGCAGUGUGAGCAGAGAUGGAGGGACGGAGAGGAAGAGAGGAAGAGGAGGGAAGAUGAAGAGAAAGAGCAGAGAAAGAAGAUGGAAGAGAGAGAGCAGAGGGGGAUGUGUAGGAGAUGUGGUUGUGCUGGAGACACUGAGGAGAGAGAAGAGGCUCUGUUAGGUGAGUGAGGAGAGAUAUACACUACCAUUCAAAAGUUUGGGGUCACUUAGAAAUUUCCUCGUUUUCGAAAGAAAAUCAUUUUUUUUGUCCAUUAAAAUAACAUCAAAUUGAUCAGAAAUACAGUGUAGACAUUGUAAAUGUCUAUUGUAGCUGGAAACGGCUGAUUUUUUUUUUUUAAUCGAAUAUCUACGUAGGUGUACAGAGGCCCAUUAACAGAAACCAUCAGUUCUGUGUUCCAAUGGCACGUUGUGUUUGCUAAUCCAAGUUUAUCAUUUGAAAAGGCUAAUUGCUCAUUAGAAAACCCUAUUGCAAUUAUGUUAGCACAGCUGAAAACUGUUGUGCUAUAGAAGCAAUAAAACUGGCCUUCUUGAGACUAGUUGAGUAUCUGGAGCAUCAGCAAUUGGGGGUUCGAUUACAGGAUCAAAAUGGCCAGAAACAAAUAACUUUCUUCUGAAACUCGUCAGUCUAUUCUUGUUCUGAGAAAAAAUGGCUAUUCCAUGCGAGAAACUGAAGAUCUCGUACAACGCUGUGUACUACUCCCUUCAAAGAACAGCGCAAACUGUCUCUAACCAGAAUAGAAAGAGGAGUGCGAGGCCACGGUGCACAACUGAGCAAAAGGACAUAUACAUUAGUGUCUAGUUUGAGAAACAGACGCCUCACAGGUCCUCAACUGGCAGCUUCAUUAAAUAGUACCCGCAAAACUGGUAAAAAUGGCUUUUCCUUUGCAACUCUGCCUAGGUCAGCAUCCCGGAGUCGCCUCUUCACUGUUGACGUUGAGACUUGUGUUUUGCGGGUACUAUUUAAUGAAGCUGCCAGUUGAGGACCUGUGAGGCGUCUGUUUCUCAAACUAGACACUAAUGUAUAUGUCAUUUUGCUCAGUUGUGCACCGUGGCCUCACACUCCUCUUUCUAUUCUGGUUAGAGCCAGUUUGCACUGUUCUGUGAAGGGAGUAGUACACAGCGUUGUACAAGAUCUUCAGUUUCUUGGCAAUUUCUCACAUGAAAUAGCCUUCAUUUCUCAGAACAAGAAUAGACUUACAAGUUUCAGAAGAAAGUUAUUUGUUUCUGGCCAUUUUGAUCCUGUAAUCGAACCCACAAUUGCUGAUGCUCCAGAUACUCAACUAGUCACAAGAAGGCCAGUUUUAUUGCUUCUUUAAUCAGCACAACAGUUUUCAGCUGUGCUAACAUAAUUGCAAAAGGGUUUUCUAAUGAUCAAUUAGCCUUUUAAAAUGAUAAACUUGGAUUGGCAAACAAAAUGUGCCAUUGGAACACAGGACUGAUGGUUGCUGAUAAUGGACCUCUGUACGCCUAUGUAGAUAUUCCAUUAAAUAUCAGCCAUUUCCAGCUACAAUAGCCAUUUACAACAUUAACUAUGUCUACACUGUAUUUCUGGUGUAGCUCAGUUGGUAGAGCAUGGUGUUUGCAACGCCAGGGUUGUGGGUUUGAUUCCCACAGGGGGCCAGUAUGGAAAAAAUAAAAAUGUAUGCACUCACUAACUGUAAGUCGCUCUGGAUAAGAGCGUCUGCUAAAUGACUAAAAUGUAAAUGUGACCCCAAACUUUUGAACGGUAGUGUGUGUGUGUAUAUGUGUAUGUAUAUAUAUAUAUAUAUAUAUAUAUACACACACAGUGAGGGGAAAAAAGUAUUUGAUCCCCUGUUGAUUUUGUUUGUUUGCUCACUGACAAAGAAAUGAUCAGUCUAUAAUUUUAAUGGUAGGUUUAUUUGAACAGUGAGAGACAGAAUAACAACAAAAAAAUCCAGAAAAACGCAUGUCAAAAAUGUUAUAAAUUGAUUUGCAUUUUAAUGAGGGAAAUAAGUAUUUGACCCCUCUGCAAAAUAUGACUUAGUACUUGGUGGCAAAACCCUUGUUGGCAAUCACAGAGGUCAGAUGUUUCUUGUAGUUACAUUUACAUUACAUAGUUGGCCACCAGGUUUGCACACAUCUCAGGAGGGAUUUUGUUCCACUCCUCUUUGCAGAUCUUCUCCAAGUCAUUAAGGUUUCGAUGCUGAUGUUUGGCAACUUGAACCUUCAACUCCCUCCACAGAUUUUCUAUGGGAUUAAGGUCUGGAGACUGGCUAGGCCACUCCAGGACCUUAAUGUGCUUCUUCUUGAGCCAUUCCUUUGUUGCCUUGGCCGUGUGUUUUGGGUCAUUGUCAUGCUGGAAUACCCAUCCACGACCCAUUUUCAAUGCCCUGGCUGAGGGAAAGAGGUUCUCACCCAAGAUUUGACGGUACAUGGCCCCGUCCAUCGUCCCUUUGAUGCGGUGAAUCUGUCCUGUCCCCUUAGCAGAAAAACACCCCCAAAGCAUAAUGUUUCCACCUCCAUGUUUGACGGUGGGGAUGGUGUUCUUGGGGUCAUAGGCAGCAUUCCUCCUCCUCCAAACACGGCGAGUUGAGUUGAUGCCAAAGAGCUCCAUUUUGGUCUCAUCUGACCACAACACUUUCACCCAGUUCUCCUCUGAAUCAUUCAGAUGUUCAUUGGCAAACUUCAGAUGGGCAUUUAUAUGUGCUUUCUUGAAUGGGGGGACCUUGCGGGCGCUGCAGGAUUUCAGUCCUUCACGGCGUAGUGUGUUACCAAUUGUUUUCUUGGUGACUAUGGUCCCAGCUGCCUUGAGAUCAUUGACAAGAUCCUCCCGUGUAGUUCUGGGCUGAUUCCUCACCGUUCUCAUGAUCAUUGCAACUCCACGAGGUGAGAUCUUGCAUGGAGCCCCAGGCCGAGGGAGAUUGACAGUUAUUUUGUGUUUCUUCCAUUUGUGAAUAAUCGCACCAACUGUUGUCACCUUCCACCAAGCUGCUUGGCGAUGGUCUUGUAGCCCAUUCCAGCCUUGUGUAGGUCUACAAUCUUGUCCCUGACAUCCUUGGAGAGCUCUUUGGUCUUGGCCAUGGUGGAGAGUUUGGAAUCUGAUUGAUUGCUUCUGUGGACAGGUGUCUUAUACAGGUAACAAACUGAGAUUAGGAGCACUCCCUUUAAGAAUGUGCUCCUAAUCUCAGCUCGUUACCUGUAUAAAAGACACCUGGGAGCCAGAAAUCUUUAUGAUUGAGAGGGGGUCAAAUACUUAUUUCCCUCAUUAAAAUGCAAAUCAAUUGAUAACAUUUUUGACAUGCGUUUUUCUGGAUUUUGUUGUUGUUAUUCUGUCUCACAUUGUUCAAAUAAACCUACCAUUAAAAUUAUAGACUGAUCAUUUCUUCAUCAGUGAGCAAAUGUACAAAAUCAGCAGGGGAUCAAAUACUUUUUUCCCUCACUGUGUGUGUAUGUAUGUAUAUAUAUAUAUAUAUAUAUAUAUAUAUAUAUAUAUAUAUAUAUACAUAUAUAUAUACACACACACACACACACACACCUGAUAUAGGAUCUAAAACUUUGUUCUGUUCCAUCCUCAGGAGAAGAGGAAGGUUGUGUUAUCAAACAGGAGAUGUUCCAGCCAGGUGGACCCAGUGCUUUCCCAAAGAGAGAGGGUCCACAGGAAACGGCCAUACCAAGCUCUUCCUGUGUCUCUGAAAGGAUGGAAGAGAGGAAGGCCCAUGUGGUCCAUAUCAAAGAGGAGUCCGAUGACUGGGGGGACUUGGUUACCCAGAUGAUCGCAUCCACAGAUUACCCCAUAAUGAGCUUGAGUCGUCUGCAGAGAUUGAGCUCACAUCCUGGGGGAUGGGCCAGGGAGCCUCUUGCUCCAGCACCAUCACCAUGGACCAGUGAGCCUCUUCCUCCAGCACUAUGGGCCAGGGAGCCUUUACCUCCAGCACCAUUGGCCAGAAAGCCUCCACCUCUACCUCCAGCACCAUUGGCCAGGGAGCCUCCCCCUCUACCUCCCGCACCAUUGACCAGGAAGUUGCGGCACCUACUCCCAAGGUCAGUGAUACCCACCCAGGGGACAGAGCAUGCUUUGGGGGCCGUCGAGACCAGCCCCUCCGGCCUGUGUAUCAACACAAUGGCAGAGCUGAGGGUCAAACCCUACAGCUGCUCACACUGUGGGAAGAGCUUCCCUCAGCUCCGAAAUCUCAAACACCACCAGAAGUACCACCACACAGGGAAGAAGGCCUUCACCUGCUCCCAGUGCGGUAUGGGCUUUGUGUACAUGUCCCACUUCAGGGUACACAUGCAGCGCCACACGGGGGAGAGGCCGUUCAGCUGUUCUCAGUGUGGGAAGAGCUUCAACCUUCAGAGUGGCUUGAUGAAACACAGGGUCCUUCACACUUUAGAGAGAGACUUUACCACUGCAACGACUGUGGGAACAGAUUCUAUUCUAGAGCAGACCUGAAAAGACAUGAACAGAUUAAUGCAGCAAGGUACACCUUUGAGAUGAAGCAGGUUGAUUUAGGAAAUCAGAGGGGGGAAAUAACUGCCAACGUGUACUAUGUUCAAUGUAUCAAUAGUUGCUGAUGCAUUUGAUGUUGAGAGGAAUAAAACUCUAUAUGAAUAAAUUAUUCUCGUCCUUUCUUAAUAAAUGAUUGGUCACACAGUGUUAUUUAUUUGUUACAUACACACACAUAUAUCUUAAAAGUGAAAGAGUAAUAAGCAAGUAGCCUUGUCUGAGCCCGAACAGCCCAUAGAGUAACUGUUGUGGAAAAUAAACACUAUACUUUAUUACAAAUAAGGUCUUACAGAGUUUUUGUUGCAUCAAGAAAUUACUUUAUUAAAGUUUUCAACAAAGCCGAUACCUGUCUGCAGAAUGGCCCCCCCUUACAGUCUCCCUCCAUUCUAUAUAGUCCUCUUCAGUUUUCCCGCUCUUUUAUUGCUCCGCCCACUUCCUUUAGCCACUCUCAGAGACAAACUCAACUUUCAUUAAGUUCAGAGUACUACAAUCAAUCAAUCCUUAUCUUGCAAAAACACUCAUGUUUAGUUUAAACUCUGUUCAACCCUGGCUCUUUUCACUGUGUUUGAAGACAAAAACAAACGGCCCAAUUCAGUUAGCCACAAAGAAUGUUAACUAUAUGUUCAUGAUUAACUCAAUUUUAUCUGAUAAUCCAUUAAAAAUACACAAUUUACUCUGGCAAAUAAAUACAUUUGGAACUGUGCUUUGCUAACAUCAAAGAAGAUAUGUACCAGAUCUGCGCAGUCGCAUUGGCAGUAUGAUUUCCUCGAUUUCACAGAUCAGGGGGCGGGACCCAACCAGUCCAGUUAGUUAGCUAUUAGUUUAGCUAUUAUGGAUCAUCUGUGCUAUAAUAUACAGUAGUGAUGGGGAAACGAAGCUUGAAGCAUUGAGCAUUUCCAGCCAAUUGUUUCGAAAAUAGGUUAAUUACUCGAGGCUUUGAUCAACAGGUUGUACACUAGUGGCACCUGCUGGUCAAAAUAAUUUAUAAUAGCCGAAUUAUUACAGUAGCCAUAGAUAAAUCUUUGGGGUGGCCUUUUUGUCUUUUAAAGAAACCAAGAGCAAACCAAUCAGGUGGUUGUUCGACCACACGAAGAUUCGGACGUCAUUGAUAACGUGCUUCUGAUAAAGGGAUACAAACAUCGGCACACUGCUUCGACGUAAACUUUUUUUUCUUCUUUUUUAAAAUUGUAUUUAUAUAUAUAUAUAUAUUUUUUAUAUAUAUUUUAAUAUAUUUAUUACAUCACACGAAUAUUGUACAAAACCAAACAAUAUACAAAUAUCACACAACAAAAAAUUGGACAAAUAGACAGUUCUUUGACAAAUUGCUAUUUAUACCAUUCAGGGAUGUUAAAUAAUACGCUAAAUCAAUUAGAAAAAAAUUUGUAAAAAAAUUUUGGACCCCUGAACUUCAUUUUAUGGAUCAAACAUUUUCCCAAUAAAAUUAACUAAUUCACAAUGUAUUGGCAGUCACUGUGCAUGUAUGUAAAAUAAAAAAUAACAUCACAUUUGGUAAUGCUUACAGGUUGACCCAUCUUAUAACUAAUGUGUAUUUUCAUAUCUGUCCAAAAUAUUUCGCUAUGCAAACAAUCACAAAAUAAAAGCUCUAGUCUCAUUUUUUAAUUCACAAAAGCUACACUUAUUUUCUACAUUAAUUACAUAUUUAUAAAUAAGACUAUUACAAGGAUAAUAUCUGUGAAGGAUAUUGUAAGAGACUACUCUUACUUUAUUAGUUAUCAAAUAUUUAUGUGGAUUAUGUGAAAUGGGAACAACUGGAAACUCGAAAAUUACGAGGUGAAGAAAUCAUGACGUCUGUGAUCUUCAUGUCGGAAAAGUCAGGAGUUCUAGAAAGAGGACGGAGUUGGAAUUCCGAGUUAGAUGACGGUUGAAAUCGGAGCUCGUUUUUUUCCCGAGUUGAUGUGAACGCACUGAAGUCGGAGAUUUCCGAGUUCCCAGUUGUUUUGAACGCGGCAAACGAUGCCAAACACAUUUUUUUAUAUGUAUGUAUUUGUAUUUAUUUAAAUCGUUAAAAAAAUAUAUCUGACUUUUUAAAAUGUAUUAAACAGUAACAUGUAAAACACAAACAGAACAGCCAGAGGGAUUACACAAAUAAAUUAGGAAGAGAGAAAUAAUAAUAAUAAUAAUAAUAAUAAUAAUAAUAAUAAUACAAAUCCACAUUAUAUCAAAUCAGAUACAGACAUGUAACGAAUAUAUUUUUUUUAAUGUUGUUUUGUAUACGUUUUAAUGAUUCUAAAUAGUUUUCCAAAUCUUCUUUUUUUAUAUAUAUAUAAAAAUGGGCUUUUUCUUCAAAAAUAUUUAUUUGUGUAUGAAACAUUUUCCUAAUAAAAUAAAGAGAUUUAUGACAUAUUGACGUUCAAUUGUGUUAUCAGUGUAGUAACAUAUUUCAAUGGUUGUAUGCAUUUUGUUGCCAAGAUAUAGUUAUAUAUCAGUCCACAACACCUCACUAUGUAAACAAUUACAAAAUAAGUGUUCAAUAGAUUCAGUUUCACUAGUAACAUCAGGUAUAUAUUUAGAAAUCAGGCUAUUACACGGGUAGAAUCUAUGGCUUCGAAGUAAACUGAUUAGCGAUUUUUACGCAAGCCUCGGAGUUCCGGUAUCAAACGUGACAUCACUAAUGUACUGUAGCUACCUGUCUCUUUUACCUCUGUUUACAGUUCUAGGAAAGUUAGCAAGGAUGUUUGUAACUAGUUGAUUUGUUGACGCACAACAAAAAACAACGUUUGGAAAGUGGUAAGCAUAUUUUUAUUUGAGUGAAAUAGUCAGAAAGCUGCUACGCAACCCUGUUAUUAUCUGUAGCUUAGCUAGCUAGGUGCUUUUAGCAACGCGGGUGUAUUUACACUUUAGCGUUGCUUUCUAUUGUAUUGGUUUGCACAAAAACUGUCCGUGGGAAGCCAGGAUUUAAGUACCAUUCCAUUUCAAUUUACUGUGCAGGGCAGGAUGGUUAGUCAUUAUUGCGGGGGAAUUUGAGACAUAUCUAAAGGAUCGUAUUAUUAAAUAGACUUCCCAAACGUGGGUGAAACUCAGCUUCACCUUCUUCUUCUUCUUCUUCAUCAUCUUCUUCUUCAGUGGGGUGGUUGGCAUCCAACGUUAUGGUGCAUUACCGCCACCUACUGUACUGGAGUGUGGGCCAGAGACGGGGAGAAACUAAAUCCUACCUUCCAACCCCGUUUCUCUUAAAAAAUAUAAUAAAAUAUUUUAGAUUAUAUCUAAUUACGUUCUACUCAAUAUACUCUUUAAAGUAAUUUCCUGUAUCCCCUUCUCCCUCAUACUAGAUAUCAUCCUCUCUCUUUCCCUCUGAUACUGCCCACACUGUAGCAAUACAUCCUCCACGGUCUCUAUUUCCUGACAAUAAUCACACUUUCCUGAUGGUUGCUUUCCUAUCACAUGUAAUGUCUUAUUCAACUGGCUGUGUCCCACCCUUAAUCUUGUAAAAAUAGCCUCCUCUCUUCUGUCCCUUCCUGCCGUCCUCCCUCCCCGACUUUCCUCUGUACUUGAAAUAAAAGCCUUCCCUUAUUAUCUCUAUUCCACUGCUCCUGCCAUCUCUGCACCAUCACUGUAUAUAUCAGUCUUUUUGACCCUGCCUUGCUCAUUGAAACUUCAACAUCAACAUCCCCACUACUAAGUGCUUGUUUAGCCUGUUCAUCUACUGCCUCGUUCCCCUCCACCCCCACAUGGGCUGGGACCCAAGUAAAUCUUAUCUGAAUACCCAUCUGUUUAAUCCUGCCAUGGGUUUGUAGCUCCUCAUAAAGCAGGUCUUGUCAGCUACGUGAGCUAAAGGACUGGAGACUCAUUAACACUGCACAUGAAUCAGAGCAAAUAACUACUCUGUCUUAUUUGACUUCCUCCACCCACUGCAGGGCCAACAGUAUGGCCAUCAGCUCUGCCGUAUAUACAGCCAGAUGAUCUGUAAUACAUUUCCUGACUUCCACCCCACAUUCCUGCACUACAAAUGCUGACCCAGUACGUCCUGUCCUUGGAUCCUUUUGAACCAUCUGUGUAAAUGGCCACAAAAUCAUGAUACACAGUUUCCAGACGUCUCUUAAAGAAAUCAGCUGGAUCAACACCCUCCCUAUCUUUCUGUAGUCUCUCCAACACUUCUUGAUCAACUACUGGAGGCGGGAGUAGCCAUGGUGGAUUUACAGGAAUAACUACAGUUGGACUAAACUCCCUUCCAUACAGUCCCAUCUCCUUCGCCUGGGUAUUACUCACCCACCCAAAGCUUGUGUUCUGUCUUCGCUCAUGUUCCCAGCAUGCCUGUAAAAUCCCUUUCGCAAGAUGAGACACCCCAUGUCCUUGUAGGUUGACCCAAUAAUUAAUUGCCAGCUGCUGCCUCCUAAUCUGCAAUGGCAUAUCCCCCAUCUCCACCUGUAAUGCAGCCACUGGGGACGUCUGAAAUGCCCCACUACAUAUUCGGAGUCCUUGCCCCUGUAUGACAUCUAGCCUUUCCAGUGAGGUCCGGGCUGCCGAACCAUAUGCUAUACUUCCAUAGUCUAUUACAGAUCGGAUCAAUGCAACAUACAUGGUCUUCAAUGAGGAAUGCCCAGUCCCCCACUCCUUCCCCGUCAGACAGCGCAUCACAUUUAGCACCAAGUUUCUCCCAUAUAACCUCAAGCAUACCUCAUCUCCCACCUUCCUCCUAGUAAAGAACACUGUUUGAGUUUUCUCUACAGAGAACCUGAAUCCCCACAUUAAUGCCCACCGCUCUACCUCAUAAAUUGCUUCCUGUACCUUCCUGACUACGUAUGGCACAUUUCUUCCCCUCUUCCAUAAGGCCCCAUCAUCUGCAAAUAAUGACCUCCCUAUACCCGGCUGUACCUGAGAGUUAACAUCAUUGAUCAUGAUUGAGAACAACAGAGGACUAAUCACGCUCCCCUGUGGUGUACCGUUAUCCACCAAGUAGCUGCCUGAAAAAGACUUCCCCACCCUCACCUGGAUAGACCUUCCAAACAGGAAAUCCUUUAUCCAGUUGUACGUUCUUCCUCCUACCCCCAUAAUAUCAAGCUUGAUUAACAACCCCUCCUUCCACAUCAUAUCAUACGCCUUCUCCACAUCAAAAAAGACAGCUACAACAGUCUCCUUGUUCACCUGAGCCUUCCUGACCUCUGCUUCUUAGCACUGGAUCCAUAGUUCCCCUACCCUUCCUGAACCGACUCUGAUGUGGUGAUACUAGCCCUCUGCUCUCCAGGAAGUCUCUGUUUAACCUUACCUCAUGUCAAAAUAAAAUGCCUCCACAAGUUAUUCAUUUUUUGUCCACAUAUGUCGCACGUGCAGGACUUUUAUUUUGACAUGAGGUAAGCAGGGAGGGAGUGGGUCUACAACAGACCCACGUUUGGAAAGUCUGUUUAUCACUGCAAGGACUGUGGGAACAGAUUCUAUUCUAGAGCGGACCUGAAAAGACAUGAACAAAUCCAGUGCAAGGUAGACCUUUGAGAUGGAGCAGGUUAAUUUGGAGAAUUAGAGGGGGGAAAUAAUUGCCCACGUGUGCUAUGUUCAAUGUAUUGUUGCUGAUGCAUUUAAUGUUGAAAGGAAUAAAACACAUUAUGAAUAAAUUAUUCUCAUCAUUUCUUACUAAAUUAUUGGUCACACAGUGUUAACUGUUACAUACACAAACAAAUAUCUUAAGUAAAAUAGUAGUAAGUAAGUGGCCUUGUCCGAAUGAAAAUGGCCCAUAGAGUAACAUAACUUACUCUGGAAAUAAAUACAUGUGACAGAGAUUCCAACGUUGAAGAAAAAUAUUUACGAGUUCUGCGCAGUCGCAUUUGCAGUAUGAUCACCUUGAUGUCACAGACCAGAGGGACGGGACCCAACCUCUCCAGUCUAGCCAAAGACAGAAGGGGUAACCCAGACAAGUCACAGGGUCUAUAAAGCUGAAGCAUCCGUUUGGAACGUUUUUUCACCACCAAAUAUGGUAGUGAGAGGAAGUCCAGUUGCGGGUAGUGGGAGAUGAUGGAACUAGGUGAAACUGGGCCGACUUUCUGCUAAUUUUCUCAUCAAUGAAACAUCUGAUCUCAAUACAUUCUUAUUUUCCCAAAAUUAUAAUCUGUUACGAACACAGUGCACUAGGUUAUAUAUACUUGACGCUUUGCCAACGUUUGAAAAUAUUGCGGUUGUUUAGGAGUGCAAGGUCGAAUUGAGUUUGUGCACACGCGCACUUCACAGAGGAGGGGUUACCUAACGGAAAUAUGCAAAUAAUGCUACAACGUGCCAAUAGGAUCUCGCUAGCUCGUGCUUGGCUUUGCCCACUCCUUGCUUGUUCUGCCUACUAUGCUUAAUUUGCUCCCACUGUAAACGACACAGAUGAACCAUCUUGGUCUAGCCGUCUAUCUAGUAACUGUUAUCUUAUUACAAUAGCUAGCUAGCUAGCUGUCUUUGAUACGUAUGUGUAUAGUUCUAGGAGAGAUAGGAUAUUUGUAACUAGUUGAUAUGUUGACGAACAACAAAAAACAACGUUUGGGAAGUGGUAAGAAUAUUUUGUGAAAUGGACAGAGCUGCUACUAACCUGUGUUAUUAUCUGUAGCAAAAGCUAGCUAGCUAACUAGGAAGCUUGAUAAAUGCGUUUUUUUGGAACACCUAACCACAAGUAAAAAGUGGUGCAAGGGUUUAUGAAUUUGUUAGUUACGAGCAUGUUGCUGGGCUAAAUCACUGGUAGGAUGGAUGCCUAAUACUGACAUGAUAUUUGAGGCACAUUCAGACCACAUUUGGUGUAUUUGACAGCUUGCCGCUGUUUCCAGGAGGAAGAUCCCUGACUCUGGGCACUGGUGUGAUCUGGAGGAGGUUAAAUCAGUCUUUCCAUUAUAGUGAACCAAACUGGGAAACAAGGGGGGCAGAUCAUCCAUAGAAGACUGGCUGUAAACUCUGGGACUGGUACCAAUAAGGGAAGGGGGGGGGUUGAUUUUCCAGUGUUGUUCCAGUUGAUGUUGUUGCAGCUAUGUCAGAAGCCAUCCUCACCUUCCAGUACCAACUCAAUGGAGUCAUGGAAACGGUCCUCAAAACUGCCCUGCAUGAGAUCACUCGGCUGGUGAAUGACAACUUCCUGGAGGGAGUGACACAGCGCAAGCAGGAAGUGGACGUCUUAAAGGAGAGGCUGCAGCAGUGUGAGCAGAGAUGGAGGGACAGAGAGGAGGAGAGGAAGAAGAGGGAAGUUGAAGAGAAAGAGCAGAGAAAGAAGAUGGAAGAGAGAGAGCAGAGGGGGAUGUGUAGGAGAUGUGGUUGUGCUGGAGACACUGAGGAGAGAGAAGAGGCUCUGUUAGGUGAGUGAGGAGAGAUGCACUGCUCAAAAAAAGGGAACACUUAAACAACACAUCCUAGAUCUGAAUGAAUGAAAUAAUCUUAUUAAAUACUUUUUUCUUUACAUAGUUGAAUGUGCUGACAACAAAAUCACACAAAAAUUAUCAAUGGAAAUCAAAUUUAUCAACCCAUGGAGGUCUGGAUUUGGAGUCACCCUCAAAAUUAAAUUGGAAAACCACACUACAGGCUGAUCCAACUUUGAUGUAAUGUCCUUAAAACAAGUCAAAAUUAGGCUCAGUAAUGUAUGUGGCCUCCACUUGCCUGUAUGACCUCCCUACAACGCCUGGGCAUGCUCCUGAUGAGGUGGCGGAUGGUCUCCUGAGGGAUCUCCUCCCAGACCUGGACUAAAGCAUCCGCCAACUCCUGGACAGUCUGUGGUGCAACGCGGCGUUGGUGGAUGAGCGAGACAUGAUGUCCCAGAUGUGCUCAAUUGGAUUCAGGUCUGGGGAACGGGCGGGCCAGUCCAUAGCAUGAAUGCCUUCCUCUUGCAGGAACUGCUGACACACUCCAGCCACAUGAGGUCUAGCAUUGUCUUGCAUUAGGAGGAACCCAGGGCCAACCGCACCAGCAUAUGGUCUCACAAGGGGUCUGAGGAUCUCAUCUCGGUACCUAAUGGCAGUCAGGCUACCUCUGGCGAGCACAUGGAGGGCUGUGCGGCCCCCCAAAGAAAUGCCACCCCACACCAUGACUGACCCACCGCCAAACCGGUCAUGCUGGAGGAUGUUGCAGGCAGCAGAACGUUGUCCACGGCGUCUCCAGACUCUGUCACGUCUGUCACAUGUGCUCAGUGUGAACCUGCUUUCAUCUGUGAAGAGCACAGGGCGCCAGUAGCGAAUUUGCCAAUCUUGGUGUUCUCUGGCAAAUGCCAAACGUCCUGCACGGUGUGGGGCUGUAAGCACAACCCCCACCUGUGGACGUCGGGCCCUCAUACCACCCUCAUGGAGUCUGUUUCUGACCGUUUGAGCAGACACAUGCACAUUUGUGGCCUGCUGGAGGUCAUUUUGCAGGGCUCUGGCAGUGCUCCUCCUGCUCCUCCUUGCACAAAGGCGGAGGUAGCGGUCCUGCUGCUGGGUUGUUGCCCUCCUACGGCCUCCUCCACGUCUCCUGAUGUACUGGCCUGUCUCCUGGUAGCGCCUCCAUGCUCUGGACACUACGCUGACAGACACAGCAAACCUUCUUGCCACAGCUCGCAUUGAUGUGCCAUCCUGGAUGAGCUGCACUACCUGAGCCACUUGUGUGGGUUGUAGACUCCGUCUCAUGCUACCACUAGAGUGAAAGCACCGCCAGCAUUCAAAAGUGACCAAAACAUCAGCCAGGAAGCAUAGGAACUGAGAAGUGGUCUGUGGUCACCACCUGAAGAACCACUUCUUUAUUGGGGGUGUCUUGCUAAUUGCCUAUAAUUUCCACCUGUUGUCUAUUCCAUUUGCACAACAACAUGUGAAAUGUAUUGUCAAUCAGUGUUGCUUCCUAAGUGGACAGUUUGAUUUCACAGAAGUGUGAUUGACUUGGAGUUACAUUGUGUUGUUUAAGUGUUCCCUUUAUUUUUUUGAGCAGUGUGUGUAUAUAUAUAUAUAUAUAUAUAUAUAUAUAUACACACACACAUACACACCUGAUAUAGGAUCUAUAACUUUGAUCUGUUCCAUCCUCAGGAGAAGAGGAAGGUUGUGUUAUCAAACAGGAGAUGUUCCAGCCAGGUGGACCCAGUGCUUUCCCAGAGAGAGAUGGUCAACAGGAAACGGCCACACCCAGCUCUUCCUGUGUAUACGAAAGGAUGGAAGAGAGGAAGGCCCAUGUGGUUCAUAUCAAAGAGGAGCCCGAUGAAUUGGGGGACUUGGUUACCCAGAUUAUCACAUCCACAGAUUCCCCCAUAAUCAGCCUGAGUCGUCUGCAGAGAUUGAGCUCACAUCCUGGGGUAUGGACCAGGGAGCCUCUUUCUCCAGCACCAGCGGCCAGGGAGUCUCCACCUCCAGCCCCAUGGACCAGGAAGGAGCAGCACCUACUCCCAAGGUCAGUAAUACCCACCCAGGGGACAGAGCAUGCUGUGGGGGCCCUCGAGACCAGCGCCUACGGCCUGAGGAUCAACACAACGGCACAGCUGAUGGUCAAACCCUACAGCUGCCAACACUGUGGGAAGAGCUUCCCUCAGCUCCGAAACCUGAAAGACCACCAGAAGUACCACCACACAGGGAAGAAAGCCUUCACCUGCUCCCAGUGUGGUAAGGGUUUUGUGUACAUGUCCCACUUCAGGGUACACAUGCAGUGCCACACAGGGGAGAGGCCGUUCAGCUGCUCUCAGUGUGGGAAGAGCUUCAACCUUCAGAGUGGCUUGAUGAAACACAGGGUCCUUCACACUUUAGAGAGAGACCUUACCACUGCACGUACUGUGGGAACAUAUUCAAUUCUAGAGCAGACCUGAAAAGACAUGAACAGAUUCAUGCAGCAAGGUAGACCUUUGAGAUGAAGCAGGUUGAUUUAGAAAAUCAGAGGGGGGAAAUAACUGCCAACGUGUACUAUGUUCAACGUAUCAAUAGUUGCUGAUGCAUUUCAUAUUGAGAGGAAUAAAACUCUUCAUGAAGAAAUUAUUCUCAUCCUUUCUUAAUAAAUGAUUGGUCACACUGUUAUUUAUUUGUUACAUACACACACAUAUAUCUUAAAAGUAAAAGAGUAAUAAGCAAGUAGCCUUGUCUGAGUCCGAACGGCCCAUAGAGUAACUUACUCUGGCAAAUAAAUACAUUUGGAACUGUACUUUAGACAGAGAUUCUAAGAUUUAAAAAAAUAUGUACCAGAUCUGCGCAGUCGCAUUGGCAGUAUGGUCACCUCGAUGUCACAGAUCGGGGGGCGGGACCCAACCAGUCUAGUUAGUUAGCUAUUAGUUUAGUUAUUAUGGAUAAUCUGUGCUAUAACAUACAGUAGUGAUGGGGAAACGAAGCUUCAUGAAGCAUUUAGCAUUUCCAGUCGAUUGUGUGGAAAAUAGGUUAAUUACGCGAGGCUUUGAUCAACAGGUUGUACACUAGUGGCACCUCCUGGUCAAAAUAAUUUAGAACAGCCAAAUUAUUAUAGUUUACUUCGCACACGCCGCAGCGCGUGCUCAGGGUAGCCACAGAUAACAUCUUUGGGGUGGCUUUUUUGGCUUUUAACGAAACCUAUGGAUCAGGUGGUUGUUCGACAAAACGAAGCUUCAGACGCCAUUGAUCACGUGCUUCUGACAAAGCAAUACAAGCGUCAGCACACUGCUUCGAAAAAAACUGAUUAGCGAUUUCUACGCAUGUCUCGGAGUUCCGGUAUAAAUCAUGACAUCACUAAUAUACAUUAGCUACCUGUCUUUUUUUACCCAUGUAUACAGUUCUAGGAGAGAUAGCUAGGAUGUUUGUAACUAGUUGAUUUGUUGACGCACAACAAAAAACAACGUUCGGAAAGUGGUAAGCAUAUUUUUAUUUGAGUCAAAAGGUCAGAAUGCUGCUACACAACCCCGUGUUAUUGUCAGUAGCAUAACUAGCUAGGUGCUUUUAGCAACGCGGGUGUAUUUACACAUUUAGCGUUGCUUUCUACAGUAUUGUAUUGGGUUGCACAAAAACAGUCCGUGGGAAGCCAGGAGUUAAAUAUAAUUCAAUUUCAACGUACUUUGCAGGUGGGUAGGAUGGUUAGUAAUUAUGACGGGGGAAUUUGACACAUAUCUAAAGGAUCGUGUUAUUAAAUAGACUUCCCAAACGUGGGUCUUCCUCUCUGCUUAACCUUACCUCAUGUCAAAAUAAAAUUCCAGCACAAGGUAUUCAUUUUUUGUCCACAUAUGUCGCACCUGCAGGACUUUUAUUUUGACAUGAGGUAAGCAGGGAGGGAGUGGGUCUACAACAGACCCACGUUUGGAAAGUCUGUUUAAUAGUAUGAUCCUUUUAGAGGUUUUGUCUCAACACGCACUGCCAAAACCACCUAACGUUACUAGCUAGCAAACUUGAGAAAUGCAUUAUUUGGUAUACCUAACCACAGCCAAAAGUGGUGUACAGUGCAUUCUGAAAGUAUUCAGACCCCUUGACUUUUUCCACAUUUAUUACAUUACAGCCUUAUUGUAUUAAAAAUAAAAAAACAAAUAUCACAUUUACAUAAGUAUUCAGACCCUUUACUCAUUACUUUGUUGAAGCACCUUUGGCAGCAAUUACAGCCUCGAGUCUUCUUGGGUAUGACGCAACAAGCUUGGCACACCUGUAUUUGGGAUGUUUCUUAAAUUCUUCUCUCCAGAUCCUCUCAAGAUCUGUCAGGUUGGAUGGGGAGCAUCGCCACACAGCUAUUUUCAGGUCUCCAGAGAUGUUUGAUCGGGUUCAAUUCCGGGUUCAAGUCCGGGCUCUGGCUGGGCCACUCAAGGACAUUCAGCGACUUGUCCCGAAGCCACUCCUGCGUUGUCUUGGCUGUGUGCUUAGAGUCGUUGUCCUGUUGGAAGGUGAACCUUCACCCCCAGUCAGGUCCUGAGCGCUCUGGAGCAGGUUUUCAUCAAGGAUCUCUGUACUUUGGUCCGUUCAUCUUUCCCUCGAUCCUGACUAGUCUCCCAGUCCCUGCUGUUGAAAAACAUCCCCACAGCAUGAUGCUGCCACCACCAUGCUUCACCGUAGGGAGGGUGCCAGGUUUCCUCUAGACGUGACGCUUUGCAUUCAGGCCAAAGAGUUCAAUCUUUGUUUCAUCAGACCAGAGAAUCUUGUUUCUAAUGGUCUGAGAGUCCUUUAGGUGCCUUUUGGCAAACUCCAAGCAGGCUGUCAUGUGCCUUUUACUGAGGAGUGGCUUCCGUCUGGCCACUCUACCAUAAAGGCCUAAUUGGUGGAGUGCUGCAAAGAUGGUUGUCCUUCUGGAAGGUUAUCCCAUCUCCACAGAGUAACUCUGGAGCUCUGUCAGAGUAACCAUCGGGUUCUUGGUCACCUCCCUGACCAAGGCCCUUCUCCCCCGAUUGCUCAGUUUGGCUGGGAGGCAAGCUCGAGGAAGAGUCUUGGUGGUUCUAAACUUCUUCCAUUUAAGAAUGAUGGAGGCCACUGUGUUCUUGAGGACCUUCAAUGCUGCAGACAUUUUUUGGUACCCUUCCCCAGAUUUGUGCCUCGACACAAUCCUGUCUCGGAGCUCUACGGACAAUUCCUUCGACCUCAUGGCUUGGUUUUCGCUCUGACAUGCACUGUCAACUGUGGGACCUUUAUAUAGACAGGUGUGUGCCUUUCCAAAUCAUGUCCAAUCAAUUGAAUUUACAACAGGUGGACUCCAAUCAAGUUCUCAAGGAUGAUCAAUGGAAACAGGAUACACCUGAGCUCAAUUUCAAGUCUCAUAGCAAAGGGUCUGAAUACUUAUGUAAAUAAGGUAUUUCUGUUUUUUAUUUGUAAUACAUUUGCAAACAUUUCAAAAACCUGUUUUUGCCUUAUCAUUAUGGGGUAUUGUGUGUAGAUUGAUGUGGAAUUUAUUUGAUCAAUUUUAGAAUAAGGCUGUAAUGUAACAAAAUGUCAAAAAAAGUCAAGGGGUCUGAAUACUUUACAAAUGCACUAAUUUGUUCAUUACGAGCAUGUUUCUGGGCUAAAUCAUUGGUAGGUGAGCUGCCUAAUACUGACAAGAUAUUUGAGGCACAUCAAGACCACAUUUGGUGUUUUUGACAACUUGCCCCUGUUUCCAGGAGGAAGAUCCCUGACUCUCUGGGCACUGGUGUGAUCUGGAGGCUAAAUCCCAGUCUUUCCAUUAUAGUGAACCAAACUGGGAAACAAGUGGGGCAGCUCAUCCAUAGAAGACUGGCUGUGAACUCUGGGACUGGUACCGAUAAGGGAAGGGGGGUUGAUUUUCCAGUGUUCAGUUGAUGUUGUUGCAGCUAUGUCAGAAGCCAUCCUCACCUUCCAGUACCAACUCAAUGGAGUCAUGGAAACGGUCCUCAAAACCGCCGUGCAUGAGAUCACUCGGCUGGUGAAGGACAGCUUCCUGGAGGAAGUGACACGGAGCAAGCAGGAAGUGGACGUCUUGAAGGAGAGGCUGCAGCAGUGUGAGCAGAGAUGGAGGGACGGAGAGGAAGAGAGGAAGAGGAGGGAAGUUGAAGAGAAAGAGCAGAGAAAGAAGAGGGAAGAGAGAGAGCAGAGGGGGAUGUGUAGGAGAUGUGGUUGUGCUGGAGACACUGAAGAGAGAGAAGAGGCUCUGUCAGGUGAGAGGAACACACACACACACACACACACACAAUAUAGGAUCUCUGACUUUUUUUUUGUUCUCUCCUCAGGAGCAGAGGAAGGUUUUGUUAUCAAACAGGAGAUGUUCCAGCCAGAUGGACCCAGCGCGAGAGAGGGUCCACAGGAAACGGCCACACCCAGCUCUUCCUGUGUCUCUGAGAGGAUGGUAGAGAGGGAUGCCCAUGUGGUCCAUAUCAAAGAGGAGCCCAAUGACUGGGGGGACUUGGUAAACCAGAUGGUCACAUCCACAGAUUCCCCCAUAAUGAGCCUGAGUCGUCUGCAGAGAUUGAGCUCAAAUCCUGGGGCAUGGACCAGUGAGCCUCAGCCUCCACCUCCACUCCCAGCACCAUGGGCCAGUGAGCCUCAUCCUCCAGCAACAUGGGCCAGAGAACCUCUACCUCCAGCACCAUUGGUCAGGGAGCCUCCACCUCUACCUCCAACACCAUGGACCAGGAAGGAGCAACACUUACUCCCAAGGUCAGUGAUACCCACUCAGGGGACAGAGCAUGCUAUGAGGGCCCUCGAGACAAGCCCCAACGGCCUGAGCCUCAACACAACGGCACAGCUGAGGGUCAAACCCUACAGCUGCCCACACUGUGGGAAGAGCUUCCCUCAGCUCCGAAACCUGAAAGACCACCAGAAAUACCACCACACAGGGAAGAAGGCCUUCACCUGCUCCCAGUGCGGGAAGGGCUUUGUGUACAUGUGCCACCUCAGGGUACACAUGCAGUGCCACACAGGGGAGAGGCCGUUCAGCUGCUCUCAGUGUGGGAAGAGCUUCAGCCUUCAGAGCGGCUUGAAGAGACACAGGGUCAUUCACACUGCAGAGAGGCCUUACCACUGCACGGACUGUGGGAACAGAUUCUAUUCUAGAUCGGACCUGAAAAGACAUGAACACAUCCAGUGCAAGGUAGACCUUUGAGAAGGAGCAGGUUAAUUUGGAAAAUCAGAGGGGGGAAAUAGUACACCUGGGCAGUCAUGUUCAAUGUAUUGUUGCUGAUGCAUUUCAUGUUGAGAGGAAUAAAACACAUUAUGAAGAAAUUAUUCUCAUCAUUUCUUACUAAAUUAUUGGUCACACACAGUGUUAACUGUUACAUACACAAACAAAUAUCUUAAGUAAAAGAGUAGUAAGUAAGUGGCCUUGUCCGAAUGAAAAUGGCUCAUAGAGUAACAUAACUUACUCUGGAAAUAAAUACGUGACAGAGAUUCCAACGUUGAAGAAAAAUAUUUACGAGUUCUGCGCAGUCCCAUUCGCAGUAUGAUCACCUCGUUGUCACAGACCAGAGGGACGGGACCCAACCUCUCCAGUCUAGCCAAAGACAGAAGGGGUAACCCAGACACGUCACAGGGUCUAUAAAGCUGAAGCAUCCGUUUGGAAUGUUUUUUCAGCACCAAAUAUGGUAGUGAGAGGAAGUUCAGUUGCGGGUAAUGGGAGAGGAUGGAACUAGGUGAAACUUGGCCGACUUCCUGCUAAUUUUCUAAUUAAUGAAAUAUCUGAUCUCAAUAAAUUUUCUGUUUCCAAAACUAAAAUCUGUUACAAACACAGUGCAUUAGGUUUUAUAGACUUGACGCUUUGCCAACAUUUAAAACAAUUGCGUUGUUUAGAACGAGUGCAAGGUUCAAUUGAAUUUGUGCACACGCGCACUUCACAGAGACGUUCCCUUACGGAAAGAUACAAAUAACGCUACAACAUGCCAAUAGGAUCUCGCUAGCUCGUGAUUGGCUUUGCUGCUUGUUCUGCCCACUAUGCUUCAUUUGCUCCCGCUGUAAACGACACAGAUUAACCAUCUUGUGUUAGUUAUAUUUUAUGUCUAGCCGUCUGUCUAGUAGCUGUUAGCGUAUUACAGUAGCUAGCUAGCUACAGUUCUAGGAGAGACAGGAUAUUUGUAACUAGCUGAUUUGUUGACGAACAACAAAAAACAACGUUUGUGAAGUGGUAAGAAUAUUUUUUGAAAUCAACAGAGCUGCUACAGUACUACCCUGCGUUAUUAUCUGUAGCUAAAGCUAGCUAGCUAACUAGCAAGCUUGAUAAAUGCAUUAUUUUAUACACCUAACCACAAGCAAAAAGGGGUGUAAGGGUUUAUUAAUUUGUUCAUUACGAGCAUGUUUCUAGGCUAAAUCAUUGGUAGGUGAGCUGCCUAAUACUGACAAGAUAUUUGAGGCACAUCAAGACCACAUUUUGUGUUUUCGACAGCUUGCCCCUGUUUCCAGGAGGAAGAUCCCUGACUCUCUGGGCACUGGUGUGAUCUGGAGGAGGCUAAAUCCCAGUCUUUCCAUUAAUAUAGUAAACCAAACUAGGAAACAAGGGGGGCAGCUCAUCCAUAGAAGACUGGCUGUGAACUCUGGGACUGGUACCAGUAAGGGAAGGGGGGGGGGGGUUGAUUUUCCAGUGAUCAGUUGA